CGUAAAUACGCAACUAUUAUGUCUGAAAAAGUCCGCAACAUCUUACGGCCUACGGGUAGGGUACUUGGAAAUCUUCAGUUUCGUCUCGUCGGUCACUUCGUCUGAAAAGCGAUUUAUGUCAACGGCGUGUUUGGAUCGGGAUCGGAAUUAGAAUCGGGGCUAGGGUUUGUUUGCGCUGUGUGUGUUUUUUCUCAAAUGCUAUUUGCUUCUUCUUUUGCUUGGAUUGUUUUCCAUCAGAAUGAUACAAUCUCAAGCUACCCCAUCGCCCCGGAGCUCUGCUUAUCUCAGUGCUCUCGCCCAAGAAAUCGAGAAGACGCUCAAACGGGCGCAAGCUUCUCCUUCGCAGAGUCCCAAGUUGUUGCGAGAGCUGUUUGCUGACAUCGCUUUAGAGGUUGAUGACCGAGCGAGAGAUAUAAUUCUCACGCGAGAAGAAGAAGAAGUGAUUUCUCCUGCAGAGGAUGGCACUAGGGGUCCAUUAUGCUUUUUUGAUGUUCUUGCGGAUUAUUAUGUUCUGGUGCCUGAGAGUGGAAAGCCCAUCCUUGAUUUGAUUGUACAGCUAUGGAGCCAGUCAUUUGCAUCCCAUAUUUUUACACUUUUGUUCCACAAAUGGCUGUUUGAAGUUCAACUUGACAAUUCUGAAGUCCUCCUCCGUUACUCAUCUGCUCUUGUUCAAGGUGCUACAAAUGUUUUAUGGAUUGACAUCCAAACAAAUACUAGGCGUUUUCAAUCCCUCUUUUGUUAUCUCCUUGAGGAAGUUGCACUGGAGCCCACACUGUUAAACAAGAUUCCUGUGCAGGUCCAGAGAGAUCUGUAUCUUUUACUCUCAAGGUUCAUAAUUUUCUACAAUUCAGGUGACAAGCUUGAAAGUUUCUUAAAGCAUUUUCCAGAUUUUCCAAAUGCUUUCUUGGUUGGUGGUCCAGCGGACUUCUUUGUUAUUGAACUUGCAGAUCAGCUUCAAAAGUUAAAGGUGGAACCAGUACUGCUCCAUUACCUUUCACACAUUAAGGUUCUCCAGGGCAUGGAACUGAGAAUGACCACAAGUACAAGGUUAAAGACUUGUUUAUAUAGCUUCACAUCUCCCGGUGGUCCAAUGUAUCCUACAAGAGCCGUUCGUCAUGCUGCCUGGGAUGCACUAGAUUUGCUUUUUCCUGUUGGGAGAUACCCUCGGCAUCUUAUAAGCCUGUUUUUCCGAUUGCUAUAUCCAUGGUAUUGGCCCUCCUCUUGUUGGAACUUCGUAAUCUCUUGCAUAAAGGCAGUACUAUACUCACUGUUAAGGUUGGUAUUUUCCAGUUGGGAGAAGCUGAAAAGGCCAUAGGAAUCAUAAAUGACCCACUAGAAUUUCUUGUAGAGUCAAAACCGAAAAUCACUUUAUAAAGAUUCAAUUUGUGUAGUGUAUGUCCGCCUUUGUUUUUCUCAUUAGCCUCUCUUAUUUUAUUUUUGAGGUGAAGUCAAUCGUACCAAUGAGAAUAUCAGGGUUUGAUGUCAA